CGAACAAAAAGGCGGAAACAAAAGAAGUUAUCAGUUUGUCAAAACAAAUAAGCGCUAGUCGGCACAAAGUGAGCUCGGUCGUAGUUGACAGCUGUCAGAGUAAAGCCCGUCGUUUCACAUAGUCUUAGUGAAAUACUUGCCAUGGCUUUGAAGAGAAUACAGAAGGAGCUGAAUGACUUACAGAGGGAUCCUCCAGCUUCCUGUUCAGCUGGACCUGUGGGGGAAGACAUGUUUCACUGGCAAGCUACCAUUACAGGACCGAAUGACAGUCCUUAUCACGGAGGAGUGUUUUUCCUUUCUGUCCAUUUUCCCACUGACUAUCCCUUUAAACCACCAAAGGUCGCCUUUACAACGAAAAUCUAUCACCCAAACAUAAACAGCAAUGGCAGCAUUUGCCUUGACAUUUUGAGGUCACAGUGGUCACCUGCACUAACAAUAUCGAAAGUUUUAUUGUCCAUAUGCUCCUUGCUAUGUGACCCAAAUCCAGAUGAUCCACUGGUCCCUGACAUUGCACAUAUCUACAAAUCAGACAGACAAAAGUACAACAAACUGGCCAGAGAAUGGACCCAAAGGUAUGCAAUGUGAUGGAGCAAAGUUUGAGGACGAACACCUCCACAAACACCUCAAAAUAUGACAGUACUGUUCAACUGCUUUCUCCAAACGUUUGUAGCUGAGGUGUUUGAUAAGCUUGAAGCACUUUCUCCUCUGAGAUUUUACUUGACUUAACCCUUUUCUUAUUUUUACCAUUAUUUUGGCAUUAUUGUUAUUGUUUGGAUGAUUUUCAUUAUUAGAUGCGCUGAGAUGGAGUGAUUGUAUUUUUCUUUUUAAGAUAUUUCUAUUGUACAAGCCUGUACUGGAUUUAUUUUUCAUUAUUUUGAAUUAAAGACAUCAAGCAAAA